GAUGAUUAUUUUUCAUGGAGAAAUUUGUAUUGAAACAUAUAAAGAGAUUGAAUCAAGAAAUAAGACCGCAGAUUCUUCAUUGACAGAAAAGACUGCACAUUCUUCAUCGACAGAAAAGACUGCAGAUUCUUCAUCGACAGAAAAGACUCCAGAUUCUUCUUCAUCAAGAGAUAAAACCGCAGAUUCUUCUUCUUCAAAAAAAGAGAUUGCAGCAUCACUUUCAACAAUAAUUUUAUCAAAACUAAAAGAAAACUUUUCUAUUGAUAGAUUUGAUCUAACAAUUGUCUGUCAUCCUUCAAAUGACACAUUUGAUGAGCAAAAAGAAGAGAUUGAAAACAAAUUUAUAGAGAAUUUUAUAGAUAUUCUUAAAGAAAAGAAAGUAUUAAUAACAUCGGAUAGUCUUGAAUAUCCUGCAUUGAAAUUACUAUUAAAAAGUAUUAAAAAAUAUGAGGAAAAUGGAGGUUGUCCUGUUCCAAUAGUUAUAUAUAAUCCAAAAGAAAACGAUGAGGGAAAUGUUAAUUAUUUAUCGAUUGUUGAUGAUUUGAAGAGAGAGAUGGAAAAUGAUGUAAUUCAUUUGAUUUUUGAUGAAAAUGAUGAUAAUUUAUUAAAAAUACAAAACUGUUUAGAAAAGAGACAAGAUGUAAUAUGGUUGAACAAUAAAAAUAAACAUCGUUUAGCUAACAAGGUGACAAAAAAUACUGAAUGGUUAAGAAUAGCCGAUGAAAAGAGAGACGACUUUCUCAAGAUAAUUAUAUUCAAUAUAAUUAAUAAAAAGAAAAUAUUUGGAAGAAAAUCAUAUUUAUCUGAUAUUGGAGUAAAUUGUAUGGUUAAAAACUUUCCUAAUUUCAACAUGAAACCAAACUUUAUAAUACAACUACCAUAUUCAACUCUAUCUGAUGAUAAUAUUCAACAAAUUAAGCAUCAUCUAACAGAAAAUGCAUCAUUAUUUUUAACUGAUGGAAAACCAAAUAGAUUAUUGGCAAAAGCUACAAAUGACAACAAAUCUAUAUGGUGUGGAUUUGUAAAGGGUGAACAUAAUACAAUCAAAAAUAAAGAUAGUGUAAGUCAAGAGACAUUAAAGGGUGCCGGUUUGGACCUAAAUCAUCAAUAUUUCUAUUUUCUUGGAGAAGAUGAGGAUGAAAUGGAAACUAAAGAAGCAUUCAUUAAACAUGUUCAGACACAACAUGAAAAGGUUAUUGAUGUCUUAAUUAAUUUUGAAGGCAAUAGUAAUGAUGAGGUUAUUCAAAGGUUAAAGUCUAAAAAAUAUAUUAUUUCUCCAACUGAAAUAAAAGAUGAGAAGAUGAAUGAAGAGUGCAAGAAAUAUUUGAAAACAUUCAAAAAAGAGGAAAAUGGUUUAAAAGACUGUCUUCAAGAGAUUUAUGAAGAAAAUUAUCCAUCCUUAUUUAUUGAUGAACAAGACAACGAAACUGUAAAAAAUACUUUGAAAGAAAGGAAAGAUAUACUGAAAGGCAAACAUUUAUUUAUAACAUUUAACAAUAAUGACGAGCACGAUAACUUUGAUAAUCAGUUUAUGAGAAUCUUUGAAAAGAAAUUUAAUGUAGUUGUAAAAGUAUUCAAACCAUUGAUAUUAAUUGAUGGAUGUUCAAAAUUAUUAGGACCCUGUAAAAAGGCGACACAAGAAAAGAAAAUUAAAUUAUAUAGUACAGAACCGUCAUGUCUUGAACAUAGCUCAAAGGAGGAGUGCCCUAAUCAUAAAGAGAAAUAUGACCACUAUAAAUCACUUAAAAAAUCAUUUCUCCCUAAAGCGAUAUUGCAGAAACAAAUUAUACAAGCGGAAGAUAAAAUUCCUGAUUUCUAUUUAAUUUCAAUAUUAAUAGUAAUUGGCGGUGAAAUAUACAAAACUCUACAAGAAAUAUGCAACAUACUAACAGUGAAAAAUGAUAGAAUUGAUAAAAAACCUAAUGUAUUUAUCAUUAGAAAAUGUGGAAAAACAUCAUUAUUUCUUUAUAGAUUUAUUUCUAUAAUUAAAUCUGAAAAGGCAGAAAGUGAAAUUUCCGAUUUAUGGAAAAAGAAGAUAAAAAAUCUUACAAUGACAAAAAAAGUAGAUGAAUGUUUUGAAUUGUGUAAAACAAUUUCUAAAUACAAAGAUCAAAUUCAUAUAGUUAAUUUAUAUAAAGAAGAUUUAAAAACUGCUAUUGAAGAUGCCUAUUUCAACAAAUUAAAUGAUGAUGAUCAAUUUGAAUUGGCAAUCCGCUGGGGAAUUACUCAUAGACAGUUUAAGGAAGAUUUUGAUCCUUACAUUGAAAAAGAAAAAUUUCAAAAUUACCAAGAAUUCUUUACAGAUUCCUUAAAAAGUGACAAUAAACGUGUCGUUGAAAUAGUUCAUAGUAUUUUUCCAGAUGUAACAAAGACUUUCUACCCUGAUGAACUUUUUACACUUUCACUUAACAACGUUAAAGGUUUUAAAUUCAUUCAGAAUUUAGAGAAAAAGCCAAUUGUUGUCUUAGAAAAGUUAAAUGGGGCUGAAAAACUCUUAAGCAUUUUGAAUAAUGAAGCCUUUAAUAAAAAUAAAGAAGCUCAAGAUCAUAAAAAAAAGCUUAAUAAUUUCAAAGAAGAGUUUAAGAAUGCCGUACUGAAUUUAUUUAAUGAACAUUUUGAUAAGAAUUCUUCAGUUUAUAGCUCACUGGAAAAUAAAUUGUUAGAUGGUGAUGACAUAACAUUCAUAUUUGCUUGGUCGAUUAUUGCCAACAAGACAAAAGUCUCGGAAUACUUUUGGCUGAAGAGUAACAAUCCUUUAAAAUUGGCUAUAUUUGCUUUUGGAAUUUUAAAACGGGCUAGGAAAGAGGCAAUCAAGGAAUAUGAUACUUUUUUAGCUACAUCCUUGUUAGAGAGGAAACAAGUUUGGAAAGACAAAGCCCUUAGAUAUUUAAAUGAUGCUUGUGAAAAUGAUAAAAACAUUAUUGACAAAAAAGUAAAGGAAGAAGCGAAGCAGAGACCAAAUUCCAUAGACUCUGCUAGAGCUGUAAGAUUUAAAGAAUAUAUUGCCAGUGCAUUUGGCCAAUGGUAUUUGAAUGAAUUAUGGCAAGGAAACUUGGGCAAUGGAACCAAUUUUUCACCAAGAGUAAAAUUUUGGAUAGCUCUCAUACUCCAUCUUCUAUGUUUAUUCACAUUCUCCUUCUAUUAUUUAAUUGAUCUUCAACCAAAAACUGAUAAAUCUUUACAUGGUAGCGAAGUGGCUUUUUACUUUUUCCUUAGUCUUAUUGUACUGAUGGAAAUAAGUCAGGUAACAAAUUCAUUCCCAUAA